AUGAUUAUCAGAAGGGCAGAACGCAAGAGGCCACUUUCAGAGCGACCCAAUAGAAGCUUUUCCGCUAGAGACACAGGCAUCGUCGUCCAUACUGAGCCAGAAAGAGAGCAGCUUCUAAGGUUGCGGCCUGUUAAGGGCGAUGACUCCAUAGAUCUUCUUGGGCUCCGAACCAGUGGCCAGAAACGCUAUGUCAUGCCCUCCCAAAUAGUCCUCAAUGAACACAUCUAUUCGGAUGACAAGAACAUGGACACAAGGAAGCCCCGCGUUUUGAUCUCUAACCACUCUCGGCGGACAGUCACGUUACCUCGCGUGAUGUACUGUAAUGAGGGCUACAGCACAACCAAGUACAAUGUUUUACACUCCGUUAGUCAGUGGAGGGAAAAGCGGAGAGGGGGCAUGCUUUCUGUGGCUGAGCCGGUUCGUCAGGCGACUUUGGGACAUCCCCCACCCAUUUUGACACAUGCCAAUAAGCCUCCCGAGAUUUGCGAAAAGUCGACAGAUGGCUCGAAGCAAGAAGUCUCAACCAUAACUCCGCAACCAAAGAGUUCCCGUUUUCAUCACAAGGAGGCUCGUAAUCGAGAGGCCCACAAGAAUGCUCUUUACACCCUGAAGAAUGUUAACCUUGUCAAAAGAACAGAGAGAUCUAUGAGGAGCAUGCUCCAUGCAACUACUGGCGUGGAACAAGAAGGCGCUUUUGCGUUACAACUUAAGCAGCCGUUGGUCAUAGCUGGCAGCUUGGGCUCGCAGAAUAUGCAUGACGUACUCGAGUCACAAGAAGAAAUGCAUACUGACACAGCUAAUUCUUGGCCAGACCCUGGCCAGGGCACGGAAGCAGAGUUUUCUCAUGAACCUUUCGUGACUGCUGAGGGCAAGAAGUCUCAAUCCUUUAAGCAGCCAACUAAAGUGGAACAUGCAUCUAUGCUUCCUGGCACUGCCUCUCCCAGUUGUUGCGAGGAGAAUAAUUCGCAAGCGGGAAGCCCCUGUGCCAAUAUGCCACAAUAUACUUCGUCAGAUAAGUGCGGGUCUCACUUGUCUCCCCAGGUGAAGGACCUUGAAGAUGCGUUUUCUCAAUCUAAUCCAACGCAGAGUGAGACUAUUUGUGGAAAUAUCCUUUCCUUCGAAAGGAGGCUACUUCCAGAGUCUGGAAAUGAUUCUUUUGUUAUCCACCCACUGCAGUACUAUACUUCUGAGGAUACGGCUUCACAGUCUCGCGAGAACUCUGAAUCUGUUCAUCUGUCAUCGAUCUCACUCCCGCUAUUGACAACGGAUCUACCAACAGAUACAUCGUCAGACACAUCUUACCAUUUCACAGAUCGACCUAUCGAUGCACGGCCCUCCUACGAUGCUCCCAUCUCGCCUGUAGUUUCCCGAGUGCCAACUGCUACCCCACCACCUAUGCACAUUGACCAGAAAAGCUCGAGGACGUCAUACGUGUGCGUGUCUCCGCCUCUUGCCAUAAAACCCAGUAUUCCGCCAUCUAAGUUGCUUACCUCGCAGCAUGGCCUUUCCAGCCCUUCUCAGGAGGAAAAGAUGCACCAGCCUAGAGCUUUUCUACAGUCUAGCUUUACUCACAUACGGCCCAACCCCUCAUUCCGAGGCCGCAUUCCAAAGCGGUUUACUCUAUCUAGCCCUCCUGCCCUUUGUUCCCAGACACAGCUGCAGGUAGGUUCAAAGGCGUCCAGGCUUCAGGAGCGAGGAGCACAAAAUUACUAUUGGAUGCCUGACCUAACUAAACUUGCUGGUCUUAUUGUUCAUUCACUAGUGGCCAUUGAACCGAUUCCCUUUCACAAUGCUGCGCAGCCGAUGCCUACAGAUUUACCAGCACCUUCAGUUCUCCGUGUCCCUAUGCCUAGUGAGUUCCAACAUGUAGCUUCUCAAACAGAUGCUUGUGGGGCCGUUGUGCCUUCAAAACCGCCACCUCCAAUCAAUUUGGGUAUAUCCCGCUAUCCGCCACAGCUGCGAGCAUUCAUAAAAGCAUCGGCAUCUGGUACAAAGACAGAGUUGCAACGGUUACGUAAUAAGGCCGCUUCGUCCACUGUAUCAAGGCGAAGCUCGGAUCUUCCUAAGCUACGCUGUUACAAGCUGAGGUCUGCCUCUGCUUAUGUGUCUCGCACUGAGCCUCUGCGCCCUGAUCUACUUUCUUUUAGGCCACGUACUGCGCCUGCUUUUGGAAUGCUGCCACUGCAUUCUCCUGCACAUCUAAGGCUACUAUACAACACUCCAAUGACCAUUGAGAGAGAGAACAUCAUUCGAAGUGUGAAGGAUAUCCCUUCUCCAUACGUCCCGAGUGAUAUUCGAAUUUUUCCUGAGGAUCUGAGUGGUACUUCACCGGUUGAUACUCGCAUUGAGUGCCAAACGCCACAUGCUUCAUCACGAAUCGUGCGGAGUGUAUACGCGCCGAUGAAGAUCCCCACCAAGGAGAACCAAAUUUCUACAAUGUGCAACGCCGUUUCUGCGCGCACUAAUGCGCUCACAGAAGAGGACGUGAAAGACAUAAAGCAGAUCUUUCACAACACCUCUCAUGACUCUGCAUUAUCUCCAUAUGCGCAGCGUCUAGUGACUCCUGAUCAGAAAAAUUGCGUUACAAAGUUGUUUAACGAUCUCCGAAAGGAUGCCGAGAUCAGACGAAUAUAUGGAAUCGAUAGGGUGAAGCGAGGCCUGAACAUGGAGCUGUACAAACGAAUUAAGUACUCGGAUGGGGAUACUGUAAUACAUAAGGUACGAGGACUUCACCCCGACACAGAUUCCAGCGCCCCUGACGGAUUUGAACCCCCUGAUUUCAGAGAGCUAACUAAUGAGAUUACCAGCCCACAGGAUGCCACAAUUGAAGCCGACAGAAACCUUAAGGCUGUCAAAGCGUUUUUCUACACCCCAUCUUCUUCUCCUUUGGAAGAAUCGCUCCCGACUGACCGUUUUGAAGAAGCUCAACAUGAAGGGCCGCAUUUGUCACUAGCGCAGAAUCUUACAGAGGUUGUGAUAAGCACACCAACGCAUAAUCCAAUGAUCGGCAUAUCGAAGCAAGCUCUGGAUGUCACUCCAAAUAGACUAUUAACAACCCCGUUACCUAAUCUUCGCAGGAGCGAGACUGCACUGCCUUCUUGUCCGCACUCUAACAUGAUGCUGGACUACAUCGCGUACCUCCAGGCCUACACCCCGAAACUUCGGGCUCCUCCGCAACGCAAUCAUGCUGCUAAAAGUGCGGCAUUAAAUACCACAGCCUACGAUUCGCACCUGACCAAACUUCUCAAGGAGGGGCUUAACAGGCAGCGCUGCGCGAGCUUUGGCAUAUCCCGUCCACUUUCUUGCGCUCCAUCCUGUACCCGUUCCAAGGAACCAGCCAGACCCCCCGUUUCUGCUAGAACUGCUUCGAGGAUAGAUACUGGUAGUUCCCAAGUAAUUCUAGAUGACCAUGGAUGUCUUACUAGUACUGAUAGACCGACAGUUCACAAUCAUCUUGUUGAGCCCGUAACGGUGCUACAGACUGGCGACGAAGUCACAAGGGAAGCAAAGGAUGACGAGGCCACGCUGAAUAUUCCUGUCAGUGAUGGUUGCAAACAAUUAUUUGAAGAUCCACACGGGUGUCAGAAUCUAGACCCAGUAUCUUUGCAAGAGGCACCAACAAACGUUUUUGCUGAGCACGACGGUGAUGCCAAUGGGGCUCUAGUACGAGGUCUCAUGCACGAUUCUGAUAAACGUAUCACUAAUACCUUAGAAAAGCUUCCACCAAAUCCUCCACCAGAUAAACAUGAUAGGGGCCCUCGACAACGAGCGGUUGCUGGGGAUAAGACGGUCUCUAAUCGGAAAGCCUGCCGCAGAUUCUACAAAGAAGCCAUCAUAGACAGAGAUGUGGGCCGCGUCUACCGAGGAUACGCCCAGUGCACUGCACCUCGUCUGCACCCCUUCACUCCUGCACAACUAAACUACGAGAAGCUUCUAUCGCGUCCUCUGACUGCAACUAAGGAAACCAUAACUAAGAAACUGACCCUUUAUCAGAUUGAUACAAAGGAGAUAGCCCCUGUUACUCCUUUACUCACCGACAGAGCGCAUGCUUGCAGUUUACAUUAG